AUGACCGAUGUCCCGACUCCGAUGUGGGAUGGUUUCUACAAGGCGAGGGCAUGGGUGUUCUCGAUUGGCACCCUCCUGAGCCUGACGUGGACAAUCCUGCUUUCUGUGGAGCUCUUCGUGCUGUUCGACAGCUCGGACCCAACUCAACGAAACCUCGUUGGCGUCCUCAUCCUCGUGAACGCCUUGACGGCCAUCACGUUGCCGUGUUUGAUGCUCGUUACGUUCCGGCCGUGGUUGGACGGGGCCAGGCUGCUCUUACUGCUCUUUGCUCAAGUCGGCCCUGCGAUCUUGUUCUCUGCGUGGAACGGGACGUUUGUGUGCCCGCGGCCGGCGCCGCAACGCGCCACUUGCGCCAACAUCAACACGGUCAUUUUAAUACUGAGCUGGGUUGUACCAAUGCUCCUGGUAUGGUAUUCUGCGUACCUGGCAGUCAUGUAUUGUCUACGCCCGAAGCCCACCAAGAUCAUGGUGACGGAAUGGGAGGAUCCAGAAAAGCGUCUAUCGGAGCUACCCAUGAUGGUGCCAUCAUCCCGACGUCCGUCAGCCGUGUCUGAGACCAUGGGCUCCGGGUCCGACAGUAGCGGUAGCUCCGCGACACUGCUGGACACCCCUCGAACGGCUCCAGGUCCAGUAUCAAACGCGCAAUUUGGCAGGCCCUUGUGGCUGAACCAGUCGCCUUCGCAAUAUCACACACCUCAAGUAUUCAUGCCAGUGGCGCCGCCGCAAGCUGCCCGGGCUUCUAUGCAAAGGCCGCCAUACCAGCGCCAGACAUCCAUUCCUCGAAUGUCGAUGUCGCUUCAGCCGUCGGUACCCCGCUUGCAGUCGGCGACCGGACCUCGUCAUCCGUCGCUAUCUGCGUCCAUCCAGCCGUCGAUACCAAUGCCGCUUCAGCCGUCUCCAUCUCGACCACGGCCUCCACCGCUGGCCAUUCCCAAACGCACCUCCCAACCACCGCCGCCGAAUCGACCUCGCUACGCUUCGCAGAACUCUGUCUACUCCCAAACGUCGUUGUCAUAUGGCUCACCUAGGUCAGCCAUGCCCUCCACGUCGUCUCGUCCACCAUCCGUGCAGCCCUCGCCACUCAAGUCGCCACCCACCCCGCAUCACUCACGUCACUCCUCCCGAUUAAUCCCAAAGCUGCCCACGCUGCUCGAAAACGACGGUCACGACUCGCCUUCCCCAGGGUCUUCAGGAAGACUCUCCAAACCCGCCCCGUGGGCGUACUGA